CCCCACUAUCAGCCGGAAGUCCAACGGUGAUUCUUCUCGUCGACCAAUUGGAUAGAGGAAUCAUUAGGGCUCGCCCGUACGUUCAGUUGUCGCAUAUAAAAGAAGCGUUUUAGUGAACAAGAGAACAUGCCGCCUAAACCUCACUGUAUCAGCUGGCAGGGCUUGACGCGAAUUUCACAGCAGUUUACCAGCAAUAGAACUUUCUCCAUCAACUGUCGUUGCUUCAGUGGCACUCUUCUCCAACGCACCGAUUUGAUUUCGACUUAUGCUCCAAAGAUCAACAACCGUUCUACGAACUUUCUACCAUUAUCCGUUUUCGCCAGCAAAAAUAUCUACAAAAUGCCACAUGCUGUCGAUGUCUACCAUUCACAAAUUCCGAGAUUUAUUGUAACUCACGCAGCAAAAAAUCCAUCAACCAAAAAUGGGUACGAUUACAUUGGAAAAAUACCACUAUUAAAUACAUGCGCAGUAGAGAUUUCACCGAAACUGCGCCAUUAUAUCGAGGAAUGUGCCUCCUUAUGCUGCCCUAAUGAUAUUUAUAUCUGUAAUGGUACAGACGCUGAAUAUAUGCAAAUGUUAAAAACUCUUCAGAAAAAUGGAACUAUUAAAAAUUUGUCUAAAUAUGAAAACUGCUGGUUGGCGAAUACUAAUCCCGCGGAUGUGGCACGAGUCGAGAAAUGUACCUUUAUUAGCACAACUGUAAAGAGUGAUACUGUCCCUACACCACGUAAAGGUAUAAGUGGAGAACUUGGAAACUGGAUUUCCUUGAAUGAUAUGGAACGAGCUAUUUUGGAACGUUUUCCAGGUUGUAUGAAAGGACGCACUAUGUACGUGAUUCCCUUCAGUAUGGGACCUGUAGGCUCCCCACUCUCAAAAAUUGGUAUAGAAAUUACUGAUUCAGCUUAUGUAGUUUGCUCCAUGAGAAUCAUGACCAGAAUGGGAAGAAACGUGCUCGAAGCUUUGAGAAAUGAUGAUUUUGUCAAAUGUUUACAUUCCGUGGGCGUACCGAGAUACGAUUCAAAACUUGAAGUAAACCAGUCGUGGCCAUGUGAUCCCGAGAGAACAAUUAUCCUUCAUAAUCCUGCAAAAAAUGAAAUUGUAUCUUAUGGAAGUGGCUAUGGUGGAAAUUCUCUGCUGGGAAAAAAAUGUUUCGCACUACGUAUUGGUUCAACAAUAGCCAAAAAGGAAGGCUGGCUCGCCGAACAUAUGCUGAUACUGGGCAUCACAAAUCCUAAAGGCAAGAAACGUUACAUCGCCGCCGCCUUUCCAAGUGCCUGUGGUAAAACAAAUUUGGCCAUGAUGCUACCUACUUUACCGGGUUAUAAAAUCGAGUGUGUAGGGGAUGACAUUGCAUGGAUGAAAUUUGAUAAUAAAGGAAACUUACGUGCUAUUAAUCCCGAGAACGGAUUCUUUGGUGUUGCACCCGGUACAAGUUCAGCCACGAAUCCUAAUGCUAUGAAAACAAUCUUCAAAAAUACCAUUUUCACCAAUGUGGCAUCUACCAGCGAUGGAGGAGUGUAUUGGGAGGGCAUGGAGAAAGAAAUUGAAGAUAAUAUCAAGAUAGUAGAUUGGAAAGGCAAUAAUUGGUUCAGAGGCUCCAAAGUACCGGCUGCUCAUCCAAAUUCAAGAUUCUGCUCUCCAGCUAAACAAUGUCCCAUUAUCGAUCCUGCUUGGGAGGAUCCAGCUGGUGUUCCAAUUGAUGCUAUAUUAUUUGGAGGACGCAGACCCGAGGGUGUACCUUUGAUUUAUCAAGCUCGAAACUGGCAACAUGGUGUCUUUAUCGGCGCCACGAUGAGAUCUGAAGCUACAGCCGCUGCUGAACAUAAAGGCAAAGUAAUUAUGCAUGAUCCAUUUGCAAUGAGACCUUUCUUUGGUUACAACUUUGGACAUUAUCUCGAUCAUUGGCUAAACAUGGCAUACACAAAGAAUGCCAAAUUGCCAGCAAUAUUUCAUGUGAAUUGGUUUAGAAAGGGACCAGAAGGAAAAUUUUUGUGGCCAGGAUUUGGUGAAAACUCUCGUGUCCUUGAUUGGAUUCUUCGAAGAAUUGAUGGCGAAGAUAUUGCCCAAGAAUCAGCCAUUGGUUUACUACCGAAACCAGGAUCUAUUAACUUACAAAAUCUAAAAGAUGAUGUGGAUAUGACAGAAUUGUUCAGGCUACCGAAAAGCUUCUGGCAGAAAGAAGUUGAAGAUUUGAAAGAAUAUUUUGAUGCUCAAGUAGGAAGUGAUUUACCUGAAGUAAUAGCAAUGGAGCUCACUCGUCUUUCUCAUAACGUCAACAAUCUUUAACUGUUUGGCUUUAGAAUUAUAUUUUAGUCCGUAGUUAUAUUCAUCGAGUAUUUACAAUUCCAUUAUAAAAUUGUUAACAAUUGAUACAAAAUUGCAUAAUAAGGCUUUGUUUACCUAAAUUUAUCUAAAAUAUGUAAAAAUAUAAGAAAAUUCUGCUUAACGAAAUAUGAUACACAAUAUAAUACAUGCGAUUCUAGAGAUAUAAAUUAAUUUAUGUUUAAAAAAUAUUUCUUGUAUACAAUGUAUUUUGUAAUCUUUUAUACACUUAACAGAAUUAUGAAAGGUUAAUCAAUUUCUACAGAAAAAUUAUCGAACUUUAAAUUAUUAUAACAUUACAGAAAAAAUCGUACAACAAAUUCCCUAGCGUUAUUUAAAGGAUAAAACUUCUAUUUUUACCCUUACAAAUCAAUUUUUCUCGAAGAUGUUCUUGAAUUAGAAAGAAAGAUGGGAAAUUAAAAAAAAUUUAAAUUUCGAAAAGUUUACAAAUUCCAACGACUUUAUAGAAUUGCCAACAUUUUCUUUUUCCAACUUAAGCACGAAGAUGAAUUAAGAUUAAAUCCUGCUCUUUAAGUGGUUCAUUAAAAAUCUUGUAAUCUUUUUCGGUCGUUUUAUUGCAUAUUUUGUGAAAGCAUGUAUUUCAGACAAUACAAUUUCCCUGAAAAUGUCGAAUGUGCCGACGGCGUCAACGUAAUCGAAAUUACAUUAUGAGGAAGUUAUGUAAUCAAAAUGAUUUUAUAUCCAUUAACGAAUAUUCGAUAACAAAUUCAAAUUUAAAUAAAGCAAAAAUAUAAUUAAUGCGAGGUUGACUUCUGAGAGUGAUUUGAAUUUACUUUGAAUUUCGUUGUGUUUACAUAUAUGAAUCGCGAAAAACGUGAUAAAAUUUUGACUCUACUCUGUAUUUGUUUUCUAAACUAGCAUAAAGUCAUUAUUAAUAAUGAAGAAUAUAUAUCGAAC